CGGCAGGGACCAGCAAUUACUGGGAAGGUGAGGGCGAGAAGGCCUCCGGAUCUCAGGAAACAGGCUCGACAGCUGGAAAAUGAACUUGACCUGAAACUAGUUUCCUUCAGCAAACUAUGUACAAGUUACAGUCAUAGCAGUACCCGAGAUGGAAGACGCGACAGGAAAAACUAUCUUGAAAACAUUUCCUAAGAAAUUCUACCACAAACUGAAACUGGCUUUGUAGAAUUACUUCAGCCUAACUCCCCUUCUAAAUAAAAACCUAAGGCCAUGAGGAUCAAGAUUUGAUGUGUAUUUUAAAGUGUCUUGUUUGAUGCCCAGGUUGGAAGCAUGUCACAAUGAGUCAACUAAGCAAUAACUAGAAUAUUAUUUAUUCCAGGAAUCUUUCUUUCUUUUUUUUUUUUUAACUUUCUGUAUUUUGAGAACUUCAAGGUCUAUGAAUCAUUACCCACCUAUAAGAUGAGUUAAAUUUAACUGAAUCCUAGUAUUGUGAAGAAUUAGUUUUUGGCCAUUUCCCUUUACUCUUACACUGUCCUGAUGAAUAUAUGAAUAUAAUGAGUAUAGAAUAACCAGUAGUAGAGAUUGCGCUCGCGUUCAUUCAUUCAUUCAACAGACAUUUAAUGAGCAUCUACUAUGUGCCAGGCUGUAUACUAGGUGCUAGGCAUAUAUCUAUGAAUAAGACAGAGCAGUUUUUUCCUCCCUUCAUGAAGCUUUAAUUCUAUUGGCAUAUUGUUCUUUUUCAUAGAUGUGGUAGAGGAGGAUUUAUAUUCGUAGUCUACAGAGCAUUUACUUAAUCUUUUUCAUUUGCCACACCGAGGCACUGUCACAGGGUAGAACAAAGUAUUCAGUAAGAUUGGAGAGCAUAUUCAUUGCCUGGGCAUUUGUCUGUGUCCAGUAUAACUCUGAUCUGUAUUGAGCUGCUCAUCAGAUGCUAAUACAUACCUAACCUGAUGAAGGUUAGUGGUGUUUUGGAAAAGGCAAAAGAAACACUGAGGACAGGUGGGUUUAGAAUUUGAAUCUGUCAAACAUAAGUUUCACUUGUAAAAAGAUAGAUUUUUGACUAUUCAGAUUUGAAAAGGCAAUUUAACACAAUUCUACAAGACAAAAGAAUGAUUGCGUACUAUAAGUGAAAAUGUAGAAGAUUAGUACCAAAGCAUGCAGGACAUGACUGUAUAUAUUGGAUUUAAAGCCAGUUCCUGAGUAUUCGUUAGCUGGUUAUCCAAUCUGUGGAUCAUUUAAACCUCAAUCUUAUUUCCUGUUGGUAAGAGUCAAGGAAAGAAGAGAGAACUUAAUGUUGAGGUUGAAGGAAUCAUAAUUCCUUUGGGGUAAAAAUGUAAAAGAUUGUUUCUCACAGACCCUAUAUAACAUAAUCCAUAAUUCAUUUUAUGGCUCCUAUUAAUUACCUUAUUAUUUUAAGUAUGUUUUAAAGGACUGCAUUUGAGUAAUGGAUCCUCUUUAUCUAAACUUCUUUUUAGUUCUGAUACAACACCCCUUUUAAAUGGAUCAAGCCAGGACAGAAUGUUUGAGACAAUGGCGAUUGAGAUUGAGCAACUUUUGGCAAGGCUUACAGGGGUAAAUGAUAAAAUGGCAGAAUAUACCAACAGUGCAGGUGUCCCCUCCUUGAAUGCAGCCCUGAUGUAUACAUUACAGCGGCAUAGAGACAUAUUGCAGGAUUAUACACAUGAAUUCCAUAAAACCAAAGCAAACUUUAUGGCAAUACGGGAAAGGGAGAAUCUCAUGGGAUCAGUACGAAAAGAUAUUGAGUCAUAUAAAAGUGGGUCUGGAGUAAACAACAGAAGAACUGAGCUGUUUUUGAAAGAACAUGACCACCUUCGAAACUCAGAUCGUCUGAUAGAAGAGACAAUAAGCAUUGCUAUGGCAACAAAAGAAAAUAUGACUUCACAGAGAGGAAUGUUGAAGUCAAUUCACAGCAAAAUGAACACCUUGGCCAAUCGUUUUCCUGCUGUAAACAGCCUGAUCCAGAGGAUCAACCUGAGGAAGCGGCGGGACUCGCUCAUCCUAGGGGGUGUCAUUGGGAUCUGUACCAUCCUGUUGCUGCUGUAUGCGUUCCAUUGAUGGGACAUCUACAGGGACUCUUGACAACCACCACUUUCACGCCCUGGUCUGGAAUAAGGAAACGUCGGAGGGAGAAGUUGACUGUCUUGAUAAUUAGCCUGACCAGCAGGAUGAAUGCAAGACUGACAGUGAUGGACUGUGUGACAUGGUCAGGUUGAGCUGAGGCCACAGUUUUUCUGUGCUGUCUUUUCUAACACAUUUUUCUGUUUUUAAUUAAAAAAAAAAAAAAAAAAGGUUUUCAGUUGCUUUUGUCUCCCUGGGAGGCAAGUAAACCAAUCAAAAACAGAGUUUUCUGUGUUUCCGUGAUAGUGUUGAAGCCUAAUGACCUGCCAGGUCUUACAGCUGGGCUCUUCAGAAAACCGGGUUUCUACGUCCAAAGACUGCUUUUCUUUUAGCCGCCAAAUUGCAUUGUGAAUAAAAAUAAUUCUUGUCCUCUUAUUUUACACUCAUAAUGAGAAAUCACAAGUUCUUUCUUGAUGAUCUGUGCUAAAGAUUUCUACUCUGUCCCCUCAACUCUGUUGAUAUUUGAGGAAAAUUCCGUUUUUGAUAGAUUCUUUGAGAUGCUGAUUGACCAACUUCAGCAUGUUUGAGGUUGUCUGAAAUGGAGAUCACUGUAAAACUGUCUUAAGUUACAGGUACACUGGGGUUAACUGUAUUGCUGGAAAAACAUCAAGAAUGGCAGUCUUAUAUUUAAGGCACCAGUCAUUGUUUCCAUUUUUUAAAAAUUCUUCCCUUGGAUUAAUAUUUUCUACUGAAAAGAAGUGAAAUCUCAGUUCCACUAUGAUAAAAGAAACGAAUUGCCAGUGUCUGUCAGUGCCCCCACUGUUCGUCAUCAUACCAGCAUUGACACUGGUAACCGAGGAAGGGGACUGCUCAAUUUCUAAUGUGAUCUAUUCAAAAAGCCACAUAUAAAAAGGCAUUGAGGGCUCACUGGAGAAUUGGCAUUUGUAAAUGCUCCACAAUGUAUGGGCAAAAGUUUAAGGACUACUGCCUGAUGUACCAGGAAUCCUGAGUUCUGUGAAAAUCUGUUCAUUCCAAAUCUGUUAAGCAUUUCCAAACAUCCAGAGAAUGGUUUCACUGUUGAGGGUGCAUGUGGCAGAAUCUGUCUCUCUCUGCACCUGUCUUCUGUUACUAUCCCUGGACAGUGACAGAUUUUAAACCAGCCACCAGAAUUCUUUUCAAGUUAACCAUUUCUUAGUUUCUGUAAGUUCAUGACUUGUCUUACUGAACUACAACCUGGUUUGUAGACUUCCAACAUCUACACUGCUGCUCUUCACCAUUGGAAUUCACUGCUUCAGUCCAAGCCACAGGGAAUAAAGGAUAUUAGCAUGUAGUUCUCAGCUACAUGGUGUAUAGAUGCUGUUAUUCAGGUGAACUUGCUCAUGGGUGGACUAACACCUGGUUUGGUACAGAGACCAAGAAGUUUUUCGUUCUGGUGUCAAAAGUUUUGUUACAUUAUGGGUGUGAAGGGCAUUUGAUAUAUUUUUCUUAACUAUGGGGUUUAUUUUUCUAAAUAUGGGUUGAUUGACUGUUCAUUGAUUCAGGGUACCCUUAAAAGAAAAGUUUUCCCAUUGUGAACCUUAAAUGAUCAGAGAAGUAAGUUCAUUGGUUAAAUUCUCUGUUGGGAGAACAAAAGUUUUCUCCCCUGACACUUUAUUAUCUUUGAUUUUUCAAAGGGCCUUGAUUGGUGGUUGUGUCUCUGUUAGAAUUUGUGGGACUUUGCUAUGUAGUUGGCAUUUAUAAAAUCUGAAGUAUCAUAAAUAAAGUUAUUUAUUUAAUUAUA